CAUACCAGGUCCAACAUCUACUAGCUUUAAUUUUUCAUUUAUGAAGGGUGCGCUGUCUUAUACCUUUUUCUUUCUCCGGCGAAUAAGUCACCAUUGCCUGCUGAAAUAUUAUAUGACAAUUACUAUGCAUUCCAAUGAAUUACCAAUUUAAUAAAGAGAAUUUUGACCAGUGAGUUGGAUAGUGCAGCAUCAGUCUUAUUACUUAUAUAAUUAAGGAGAAAAAUGCCUUCCCCAGUUGGCCUCUAUUUUCCUUGUCUGCUUUCUGUAGAAUCGAUCGAUGGCCGGUAAACUGCUGCAUUUAUGGUUGGCCGCAGCCGCCAUGCUUCUGGCAAUUUCCGAUGCUAGCUUAACAAAGAACGCGACGAAGCAGUUCCUUCGGGCCCACAAUGAGGCCCGAGCGGCGGUUGGAGUGGACCCUUUGCUGUGGAGCAAGAAGAUGGCGUCCUACGCCUCAAAGCUGGCGUCGCAUUCGCCAGGCUCGGCAUCUUGCGAACUGUCAGAAGAGGCGGCGUCGUGUGAGUACGGGGCGAAUCAAGCGGUAGCCAACUGGUUCGACGGCCCGGCGGCGGUGGUGGGGUCGUGGGUGGAUGAGGGUCGGCAGUAUUAUAACUAUGGAUACAAUUCGUGUGCGGCGGGACAUCAGAAUGAGUGCGAGAGUUAUACACAGGUGGUGUGGAAGAAGACUGUGAAGUUGGGAUGCGGUAAGGCCAACUGCGGUAAAGAUGGUUCCCACGUUAUUUGCCUCUAUUCUCCUCCUGGCAAUGUUCCUGGCGAGAGACCUUAUUGAUCCAUCACAGCAGCACGGAACUAGCUUGGAUUGCUCCCGCAUUUCUUGCAUUUAUGAUUAUCCAGUGACACUUCUGUUUGACUGUUUGCAUGUGCCUUUAAUUUUUUUAGUGCUUUUUGUAUGCGCAUAAUAAAUUUCCUGUUUGAGUGGUUUGAUUUUU